CAGCGCGCCGGAUCGAGCGCACCAAACUUCCCGUCAGCGGCGGCUCUGCCCGCAAAAGUCCUUAGCGGCCCGCGCGGCUCUGGCACUGGCACCGCUGCUGCCAGGGGAGGCGAAGGUCCCACUCCGCUCCUCUCGGUCGCUGCUCUGCCGCUUCCCCACGCCCUGGCCUGGGUUCUGUGCCAGCCUGCUUGUCCUGCGGAGCCCGGAAUUCCCGUCGCUUCUCCGGCGUCCUAGCCGCGCCAACAGGCUCUGCUUGAAAGUUUCUCCAGCUCCUCGAGAAAGGCCCAGGCAGUUGCCCCUGGAGCUGAGUGGGUGCGCCGUCGGCCGGGGCGCGAGGCAGUGGACAAUUUCCGUGUUCACACCUGGGAGCGGGAGCCUCUGGGUGGAAGGAGGUUUUGCGUGGCGCGUGUGUGCGCGCGCGUGUCGUUCAUCCGGAAAUAAGUCCGUCCCACAUGUUUCUGGACGCUUCCUGACGAUUGUUUAUGGUGUGAAGCGUGCUCUUCAUGCAUGCAAAUGUUUCACAGCGUCCGAACGAUGAUUUUAUUAUUUUUUAGAUGCCAACCUCUUCCAAACGACCAGAUUAUUAAGCAAUCAUCCUGGUUUGUUUUAGCAACAACCCAUUUUUAAUAUUCAGGGUCUAAGCCUCCUGCUUGGAAGCACGCAUGCUUCUCACCACAUUUGCCUGGGAGUGACCCAGUCACUUGAGUUUAGCUGGCUUGGGAGCAAGCCCUAUUAACUUAGGGGAACUUACUUCAGAGUAAGCAUGCUCUAUUGGUUUCUCAUCCGACCAAGAAAUCAAACAGCCUGGCCGACUCCGCUGUGGCUCUUGGAUUGCCUAUCGCUGCCAGACGGCUGCCUAUUUUUUGGUAUGCCAUGGCACUGUCCAAUAAUCACAUCUGUCCAGUCCACAAUUGGAUUUAUAAUCAAUCUUGUGAACUGGAUAGCCCUAUUUUCUGCUGUACACUGGAUCACAUCCCACUUGUCAGCAAGUGUGGCACCUUUCCCCCAGAGAGCUGCUUCUUCAGUCUGAUCUGCAGCCUGGGCUCAUUCAUGGUGAUGCUGGUAGGCUUGCUGAGAUACGCACAUGUGACGGAGCAUUAUGGUUCUUCCCUUCUCAACACCUUAGGGCUGGCUGCAGGUUGGAUCUGUGCAGCUGGCCUCAUCAUGGUUGGCAACUUCCAGGUGGACCAUGCUAAAGUGCUGCAUUACAUCGGGGCAGGAGUGGCAUUCCCUACCAGCAUGCUCUUUAUAUUCCUUCAGUCAAUUCUGACUUACCGCAUGGCAAAAUCCAGAGGUCAUUACUGGACUGGCCAUCUGCGCAGCAUCCUGGCAGCCCUGGCUUUCAUCACCCUCAUCUUCAGUGGUGUAUUUUUUAUUCAGCAGAGCUUUGUCCUUCAACACCUGGCUGCUCUCUGUGAAUGGAUGUUUAUCAUAAAUGUCCUUGUCUUCUAUGGCACCUUCACUGCUGAAUUUGGAGCUAUCUCCACAGAUACCUUCCUGGUUCUCCUGAAAGCUAGGCGGACUCCUAAAAGCUUCAGAGUGGAUAGCAAUACACCAAGCAUGUCACAUGUUCAUAGCCAUUUGGAGAAUUUGGCCAUGAUGUAAGGUGACUGCUAGGAAACCAGUUCCUCGUAUGCAGAAGAGCCAGGAGCAGCUGUGCUUACUGGGACUUCAAGACCAAAAAGGAAAAAAAAAGAACAUUAUUGUGAACAUGCCUAAGAAUCACCUCCUGUAUUUAUGUUGCCUCUGUGUUACAUUAAGAAUGCCCUGGGUAUUCUGCUCUAAAAACAUACCUUCACACCAGUACCACCAAUGGCCUUUAUGCAGCAAGAUUUCCUUACCCUUGCAUCAAAGCCUCUUCUUCCAAUAUACAAGAGGAGGGAGAAGAUGACAAAUGGCAAUACUGAGAGGUGUGGGUAGAAUAUCUUAUUCAAUAAGAGUAAGGCAGAUUUGCUGUUGGGGAAGUGGCAUAGCUUACAUUUCAACCUGGGCUGAGUAAAGACCCCUGCCGCAGACCCAGGGGAGCUGGAUUUCAGACCCACAGCAGCUAGGGACAUUUUUCAUACCCAGGCCUUGUAUUCACAUGGAACUUAUAAUCAGGUGUAAGCUGCCCCAUCAAAUGUGGGGUGUUUGGGGUUUUUUUAUCUAAGGAGAGAAGACUGUUUUUAAAGUGGCCUUAAUUUCUUGGGACCAAAAGUAUUUAUGUGAAUUAUUUCUGCCAACUUAGUCCAGUUCUGUUUACUCAAGUAUUGCAUUUCCCAAGAGGAUUAGUAGUGACCAAUCAUUACAAUAGGCUUUACUGUAUGUUUCUUGAAAGAGUCCCAGCAGAGUUGGUGGAUUGCUUCUCAAAGAAGUCUUGUGUAAGUCCAGAACAUUUCCAAUUACUGAUGGAGCACUGCAGUUCUAGGGCUCAUUACUAAAGCUCACUGGAAGGAUCCUCUGCAGUAUAAGUUGACAGCUCUGGUGCUGACUAUCCCAUGUGGGAAGCCUAAAUCUUCUGUUAUCCUCUUCCUGUUCUAGGUGCUAGCAACAGUUGUUGCCUCCAAAGAGCUCAGCAGGGGUUAUUCUUCUGGUUUUCUUUGCUAUUUUCCCCAUCCCCAAAAAGCUCAAAGCACUUCUGAAAUUAUAAGGGAUUCAGGAUACUGAAUUCAAGACCUUCAGGGAAGGGCUCUUGUUUUGUUCCCAGUAUAGAUGUAGAAAGGCAACAGACCUAGGCAGCCAAAACUGAUGAGUUCCAAACUAUCACAAAAGCUGAUCAGAUCCUGCACCCUGAUCUUGUGGAAAACAUGAGACCAUGCUUCACCUAGUGCUUUACUCCUUACCGAAGUGCCUUUAACAUACUCAGCAGCAUUUUGUUCAGGAAUUCAUUUUCUGAAAUUUGUUCUCUUUGUAAUGGUAGCUACUUCUGAGCUGUCCUAUUCAGGCAGUUUCUUAGGUCUGUAUCUUCUGUUACUUUUCCCUGCAUACAUUCUAAAGAUGUACUUAUAAAACAUGUCACAAAAUACCCUAAGACUCAUGCCUUAGAAUAAUCUUUGGAAUGCUCGGCUAGAUCACAUCCAAAAGUUCACAGAUGCUGGUUCACAGAACGUGUGUCUGAAACACAUGACUCCUAUGUUGCAAGAGCUGUGUGGUUCCUGCUUCCCAGGCUACAUUGGCAUGGAAAGUAACCAUGCUGUUCCACCCCCAAAAAACAUCUUCCUCUUUCUAACAUCAUUGGAGUGUCAUAAAAAAUAGCCACAUGGAAGUAUUAACACCACAGUUCUUGUAAUGGAAGAAUUAGCCCUGAUUCAUUAGUCAUAAAAAACAAGAUAUUAGGGGCAUUUUUUGAUACUUAUUUUUACUCACCUUUUGAUGAAAGUACUGGGCACAACUGCUUCAUUUUCUUAUGGCAUACUAAAUUACCUUGAGACAAGACAAAAGUGUAUAAAUAUUGCCAAAAGGCUCGUUGAAUUAUUCUAGGGGAUCUUUCCAGUUGCAUUUCCCAUUAGCCUGAUACAUUGUGCUAGCUUAGAUGUGUGCCAGCAGUGUGAUAUCCCGUCCCAUACAAUGGAUGGGAUUGGGAUUGCAGCUGUGGAAUUGGGGAAAGUGUGUGCUGUAGCAGCAUAGAGAGGAAGUGCACCAAAAUAAAAAAAAAUGGGAAGGCUCCCAGCAGAGCAAGAGUUGAAAUUUGCCACUUAAAAAUAGCAUUUAAAGUGCUACAUGAGUGAACCUGUGCUUAAAUGUUAUGGUGGGAGAGUACACAGUGUCUAAAGCAGGGAUGGGGAACCUGCAGUCCUCCAGAUAUUGGACUUCACCUCCCACCAGCCUAAGCCAGAAUGAUCAGGGGGGUUGGAGUCCAACAACAUCUAGAGGGCAGCAAGUUCCCUACCUCUGAUCUAAAGAUGUUUUUAAAAUUAAGAAUAAAACAUUUUAAUAAGUUUACAUAAUGGUGCAGGGUAUAUGGGUGGGGGAGAAAUAUUAUACCAGUGAUGUCUCAGGCACAUGGGCACUAUAUGAUGCUUGUGCAACCACAUUCCAUAGAGCACUCAUUAUUACUUGCCCAAUAGUGGCAAAAUAAGUGUUGGGAAAAUGAAAUAUAACCAGCAACAGCAUCAUCUUGGAAAAAUAUGUCUGAAUUCCAUGCAACACCUGUGCUGCAGCUUGCAUUUUUAUUUCAAA